UUAAACCCGUGACGUUAUCAAACAACCGUUGAGGGCAGGUGCGCCAUUUUGGCUCAAACAAAGUCGGAAAUUAUUUACUUUGCAAUUUCAUAUGAUUUGGCAUGCUAACAUCGCUUAAUACUUUUGUGAACCUUUGUGAUGAUAAAAUAUCUUAUGUGAGCUCAUGGUUCAACCAUGUUCUAUUUAGUUGUGUUUCCUAUGAGUACAAGUGUAAAGUUCUGGUAGCCUUCGCUAGCUACAAGCUAGCUCUGUUGUUUGAUUGGAAUGCAAGUAACUGGGGCUAUAGUUCGCUUGCUAGCUAGCUGCAUGCAGCAGUUUUGACUUGUUAGCGCGAUAGGUAUGGGUGGGUGUUCCGCUCCAAAUUGCUCAAACUCAACAACCAUUGGGAAGCAACUAUUUCGUUUUCCAAAAGAGCCUAUACGCAAGAAUAAAUGGCUUGUAAACUGCCGGCGUAAUUUUGUACCAACUCCACAUUCCAGACUGUGCCAGGACCAUUUUGAGCUGAGUCAGUUUGAAGAAAUAGCCAGGUCGCCAGCAGGGGGAAAGAAGCUGAAACCAAACGCUAUCCCCACUCUUUUCAGUGUGCAAAAUCCACCUUAUCCCAUCACCCCACAGAUAGUGCUACCUUUCAAACCAGAGCCAGUAGAGAGAGAUCUGAAUGUGGGGGAUCAUGGCUAUGCACGGCGGCAACCAACUCUGGGCAUGGAGGAAGAUGCUGAUGAACUACACAAGGCAGAGGAACGUCCCUGCACCCAUUGUCAACCUUACAAAACCCUGCUGGAACAAGAAAUGCAACACACUGCCAGACUUCAGAAAGAGGCUGAGGAAAUGAAGAAGAGGAUGUUCAAACUGGACAGAAUAGAGAGGGGCCUCCAGACAUUUUUGUAUGAAGACCAGAUCCGUGCCCUGACCCUGACCAAGCGUUCCCGGAGAGCUGUGUGGUCCCACGAGACAGUGCUGAAGGCUCGUAAAAUCCGAUGUGCAGUCGGUGCCAAGGGUUAUGAAUUCCUUCGGGAGUUAGGCUACCCUUUGCCCUCUUAUAGAACUUUAUGCAACCGCCUAGAGGAAAAAAUCAUGGUGACGACAGCCAUGGGCUGUGAUGAGCUUGCAGAGCUUGGUCUAGGAAUCAUAUCUACAUGUGACAGUCCAGAGGGAGAUGGGGACAAUGAGGAGGCUUUCAUUGGGGUGAUGUCAUGACUCAUGAAUGAGAGAUUUUUGAUCAAUUUGUUUAACUAUGUGUUUCAUUUUGAAGAAUGCAAUGCAAAAUGACAGGACAGUAUAACAGAGACUGACGACAGCUAGUAGCCCUAUGCGGUGAAGAACAUGUGGAAGCAUAUGUACAAUGGGAGAUGUUAGUGUUAAAGCGUUCUUGCUUCUGGACUUGGUUUCACAUAAAAGCUUUUUUUUUUUGAAUGGUUUACUCAUGCUAAAGAAUUUGGUGUUUUAUUUUGGGAAUGAAACAUAAGCUCCUUCAAAACAAUAAAGAGCAGCAGUCAUCUGCCUUAAAGCGGCAAUCGGCAGUAGAAACAAUAACAAAGCGUCCUCCCCACCCCUGGCUCAGUAAAAAGCUGAGCGUUGGGGCUGGAGAAAUUUAAUCACUCUCAAAUUCAUAGACCUAUAGAUGCAAGGAUUGACCAUCCAUGUUAUCAAAAUUAUAGUUUUAACAAUGUUUUGAGGCUAUAUAGUGUUUGUUACAUUUUCUUUGUCUACAAACAUUGGAGUAACCAAGCUUAUAUUUGGAGAUCUAAUGGGAUUUGACAGUUGAACUAAGUUCAUGAGACAUAAGUUAUAUUCUUCAAGAAUCAAUGAGUACACAUAAUUAAUUUCUAAGUCCAAAAAUGGAUGUAGCAACUGCUGAUUGCGCCUUUAAGUUUUGAAGCUGCAAUUUCAAAUCACCUUUGUGCUCAAUGUGAGGUCAUAAUUCAGAAGCUACGCUAAAUAAUUUGUUGUGCAAAUUUUUUCUUCAGAAUGUUUGACAAAUGCAAAGGAAGAGCAGAAUUUUUAUCCCUGUUUGCAGAGUUUUUAGUUGCUCUUCAUUGUCACUUAUGUUAAGUGGACAAAUUGGAGGAUUCGUUUGUAUUUUGUAAUGGGAAUCUGUUUAGCUGCAUUUGGAAACUGCAAUGCAGUAUGCAGCCUUUGGAGAACUUAGGCUGAAUAACCUGAGGCUUCUUUUGUUACGAUCACUAAUGGGAUAUUAGCCAGCAAGCAGAACCACUGGGUGGGAGGAGGGUUGUAGAAAACACUAAAGAGGCAGGAGAGUAUGCAGUACCCUGAUCAAAACAAUGGUACUGUAAAAUAAUAAAGAAAUCUAUCUAGUAGGGCUGGGAAUUGCCAGGGAUCUCAUGAUACAAUAUUAUCACAGUACUUUGGUGCCGAUUCGAUGUUUGGUAUUUUAUUCGAAUCCCCUUAGCUGUUGCAGCAGAUACUCUUCCUGGGGUCAACACAAAACAUGAAAUGUGAAAUAAUACAGAACAUUAAUAGACACAAAAAAAAUGCAUACGUAGCCUACAUGUCAAUACAUACACACAAACCCUCUAGGUCAAACAGGGUAGAGGUGCUGCUUUAUCUGGGUUUUUCUUUUAGAUUUGCUGUUCAUUUGAGCAAUAUGAGAUGGAACGGAGCUCCAUGCAAUAAUGGCUCUAUAUAAUACUGUACGCUUUCUUGAAUUCAUUCAAGAUUUGGACACUGAAAAGACCCCUGGUGGCAUGUCUGGUGAGGUAAGUGUGUGUCAGAACUGUCUGUAAGUUGACUUUGCAAACAAUUUGGGAUUUUUAACACAUCAAUGUUUCUUAUAAAAAGAAGUGAUGCAUUCAGUCUCCUCAACUCUUAGUCAAGUGUUCCAAACAUAUCACUCAUAUGUCUUCUGCAAAGGGACAAGAAAGAGACUUGAGAAAACAAGUUUUGAUCAGUCAUGGAAAUAAAAGUGCUGAAAACAAA